GUUUCGGGGCUACGACAAUGUUUUAAUGGUUUACUUCAAAUUAAAAAACUCAAAAUUCAAAAGCCGUUUGCUUUUUUUGAAAUCUACAUGACGGAUAAGAAGGAGAUCAUCGAUAUCUACAGUUCAGAUGAGGAAGACGAAGAAGAAGAAGAUGAUGAUAUCGAUGGCGAGAGUAGCGACGAAGACGAUUAUGAAGAAGAUGAUGAUGAUGAUGAUGAUGAUGAUGAUGAUGAAGAAGAUCGGAGUUUGAGUGGAGAUGAUAGCGAAUUGAGCGAAGAUGAUUCUACGGAUUCGAAUUCGGAUUCUGAUGACGACGAUGAAGACGAUGAUGAGGAAGACGAUGAUGAAGACUCUCUAGUUGAUAAAGUCACUCGUCUAUUCAAAGGUUCAUUUGGUGACUGAUCAGCUGAGCAAUAAACCCAAUUGAUUAUCACAAUGAUAUCUUAUGAAAGAUUGAUGGUCAUAAGACUGAUUGUAUAAGAGUGUUGGUUGAUGUUGAGAGAGGUAGAGGCAGAGCUGUCCCAAACUGGCUUGGUGGUGACUUGGGACCUCAAGAGUUGGUGGAGAACCUCCCGUCCCGGUUACUGUCAGAGGAACCAAAAAGACCAUGGGAGGAGUGUGAGGAAUCUCGGGAUAAGGAGAAAGAAAGGGAAUGAUUGAGGUAAAGCAUCACAGACGCUAGGACCGAGGAGGCAGGGAGAGCAGACGGGAUCGUGCUACAAUGAAUCAUGUCAGAGACUGUGAUAGGAGCUGUAUGAUACAAACCAACGAAGUAAAAUGGUUCUUGUAGUUGUUGUACCAAAACAAUUUCCAAGUUUGUCAUCUUCUCUUUGAUUAUUUCUUUUGCUAUCUAUACUCUUAGGUAAUUUACACACUUUUUACAAUUACAAAUCAUUCAAAAAUAACGUAUGAAAAGUUCCAAGUUUUGUA